GCUUCCACCACCUUCUCCCUCCCUUCUGACCGCCCUGCUCCUCCAGUAUAGCACGCAGCUACUUCCGGAACGAAGCACAUCCCGCCUAGAACACAAUGUACUUCUUCGAGACCUCCGAACGCAAGCGGUACGCACAGGUGGCUUGUGCAGUCGUCUGGUGUCUCUUUGGCGCAGGCCCCAUCUUCGGGUUUGCAGCCUUGAAGCCGACGCUGAUCGACCAAGGCAUCUACGAGAGUGUCUGUGACGUGACGAACCAGACAGACGUGUCCAUCGCGGCACACGCCCCCGGCCUCUUCACAGAGCUGCUCACCUCCCUCUCGCCUGUGAGAGCCGACCAGCUCCACACAGAGGGCUUUGUCUCUAAGUGCACGGACCAGGACUUGAAGCUGAACAUGAUGUUCACCGUUGGCGCAGCAUUGACCAACGUGUCCGCGUUGGUCAUCGGACGCACGCUCGACUCGUACGGGCCCCGGGUUUGCGGUCUCAUCGGCGCCUUCUUCCUUCUGCUCGCUUCCGUCAUCUUUAUCUACUCCAAGGCCAUUCUUUCGCUCGGCAUCUUUGACCCUUACCUCGUCGGCUACUCUCUCAUGGCACUUGGCGGGCCGUUCUCCUACAUCUCGUCCUUCCAGUUGUCCAACGCGUUCCCUGAAAAGUCCGGCUUAAUCUUGGCCCUCCUCACCGGCGCCUUCGACACCUCCUCCGCUGUCUUCCUCAUCUACAAAAAGAUCUACCUCAGCUUCCCGACCUUCUUCACGCUCGAAACGUUCUACAAGUUCUACCUUGCCGUGCCGCUCUUCAUCGCCGUCGUCCAACUCCUGGUCAUGCCCGUCGAGUCCUACUUGACCCCUCCUCCGGAGUUGAUUCCAAACCCAACCGACGAGCAGAGAGCUCUCUCUAUCGCUGCAGCACAGGAGGAAUAUAUACACAACGGUAUGAGCCAGGAUCACGCCGACGAUAACGAUAACACCCCUCUACUUCCUCCAACCUCCACCAGACGCCGCUCCUCCCUUGGUGAUGCAUACAAGUCCAUCUACAUCGAGGAAGAGGUCGAGGACGCCACAAAAUCUAAGACAGAAUUGUCCUACUCCAUCUUUGGUAUCUUGCACAGUUACUCUAUAUCCUACCAGUUUAACUCCUGGUGGUUCAAGCUCAUCUGUCUCUUCUCCACCAUCCAGAUGCUCAGAUUGAACUACUUCGUCGCCACCGUCAACUCCCAAUACACCUAUUUGUUGGGCUCCUACCAAUCAGCAAAUGCUCUUAACCGUCUCUUUGACAUCGCUUUGCCACUCGGAGGUGUUGUUUCCAUCCCCUUCGUUGGAAUGUUCCUCGACCACUUCCCAACCUCUAUCGUCCUUGGCGCCCUCUUGGGCGUCUCCUUGCUCAUUGGGGUCCUCGGUGUUAUCAAGAACUCCUUCUUGGCAGGAGCAGUCAAUGUGCUCAUCUUCGUUGCAUACCGUCCAUUCUUUUACACGAGUAUCUCCGACUACUGCGCUAAGGUCUUCGGUUUCGAGACAUUCGGUACUGUCUACGGCUCCAUCAUGACUGUAGCGGGCCUCAUCAACUUUUUGCAGAGUGUCUUGGACAGACUUACACACACAAAGUUCAACAUGAACCCAAUCCCUCUCAACUUGCUUUUACUAGCAAUCACCGUCGUCAUCGGUACCGCAACCGUCGCUUACGUCACCGUGCAGACCCACAAGUACGCCUUGAUGAAAUUCAAGGGCAACACUUCUUCUGACGACGAAGAAACUGAGGCAGGCAAUCAUGACGAGAACUAGACUUUUAUAUUUACACUUAUUUACUUUCUGUCCUUCUUUUCACUGCAGUAAUUAUAGUAAACAUCUUCUAAAACGAAAACCCUUAAAAGAAAAGAAUCACCUACCUGGAGCG